CUGAAAAUGCAAUAGAAAUGACAUUUUUUUUUUAAUUUUCAUGGAGAAAAAAGAAAACAAUACCGACGAAGUAAAUAACGAAAAUUCGCAUAUUAUAUGCACUUUUAAAAAUUAAUUAAUCAAGCAAAACAAUUCAUAUAAGAUUUCUUAAAGGCAAUAUAAUAUAAUGCAAGUUAUAACCUUUUAAAAAAAGAAAAGUAAAAGGUAAACAUCGGCAAACAAAGAGAAAAAACUAGCAUCGGUUUUGUCCAAAAAAAUAUCAACAUUCAAGAAAGAAAACAAAAAGUACCCAUUGUGGUCUUCCCUUUUAAGACAGCUAGCUAUAAACAAACACAAAAGGGAGGGGAAGUGGAUAUUACAGAAAAAAUUUCACAACUUUUUCCAGAAUUCUACUUGUAUUAUAUUUAUUAAACCUGGCAUUAUGCCCAUUUUAUAUUCCGUAAUCUCGCGCGGCACCACCGUACUUGCCAAGUAUGCUGAGUGUGUAGGAAAUUUCGCUGAAGUAACAGAUCAAAUUAUCUCCAAGAUCACUAUGGAUAACCACAAAUUGACCUACUCUCAUGGCGACUAUUUGAUACAUUAUGUGUGUGAACAUAAAUUGAUUUAUAUGUGCAUCACCGACAACGAAUUCGAAAGGUCGCGAGCUUUUCUAUUUUUGGCUGAUAUUAAACAGAAAUUUAUACAAACUUAUGGUUUGACCGUGGCCACUGCCAUCGCCUAUGCCAUGAAUACGGAAUUUUCUAAGGUAUUGGCUCAACAAAUGACUUUCUUUAGUCAAUCGAAUGAGGUCGAUGCCAUUUCUCGGGUACAUGGACAAAUUGAUGAAUUAAAAGAUAUUAUGGUUAAAAAUAUUGAUAAUCUUAGAGAUCGUGGUGAAAAAUUGGAACUACUGGUUAAUAAGACAGAAAAUUUAAGUAACAAUUCUGUAGCAUUUCGCAAAGCUUCACGUAAUCUGGCCCGACAAAUGUUUUGGAAAAAUGUACGUCUAUACGUAAUUGUUGGUCUUAUUAUAAUUUUCGUACUUUAUGUUAUUGUCAGCAUGGCCUGUGGCGGUUUGGCCUGGAAAGGAUGUCUAGCAUAGACAACAAAACAAUAACUUCGGAAUUAAGCCUGAAAAAUAUUAAACUCUUAUUAUUAACUUAAAAGGGUAAUUCGUGGUCAUAAGUAAAUGUUUAAAGUUUAAUUUCAAAGAAAGCUUAAAAGCCUAAAAUCAUAAACACUUUAAAUUAUGACUAUGAAAUACCAUUUUAUCAUAUGCAAACAUAUAUUUUUAUAUUUAUAUGAAAAAAAUUAUCAGUUCAAUAUUUGUAAGAUUUUCUCAUUUUCUUCAAAAAAAAAAAGGUAUUCAAAAUGGUAUGAUAUUAAAUAUAUUCAAGAAUUAAAAAAAAAGAAAAAAAUUGUAAAAGAAAUGUAAAAACACUGCAAAAAUGUUUGAAUAUUAACAAGAAAAGACAAGACCUGCCAUGUUAAAUGUUUCCUUUAAACUUCGAAAGGUUAAAUAAUCUAAACUCUUAAAGAUCUGAUUCAGAACAUUCAUAUUUGUUAAAUUCCAGUUUUGUAGUGUUUAUAACUAGAGUCAGAGAACAUAGUAGAGAAUCGUUAGAUUUAAUAAAAACGACUUCUAUAUUUUUUGGUUUCAGCCUUAAAAUUUCUAUUUAUAAUUUUCUAAUAAAAUAAGUUAAAUUUUUAUGUAAAACAUUAUUUUAUUCUCAUUUUUUUUUUAUUUUAAAGUAAAAUUUAUUGUUGGUCAAUGUUUUUGUAUAAAAUCUAUUUAGAAAAUAUAAUUUUAUAUAUGUAUUAUAUAAAAACAAAAACGUAAAAGAAAGCUAAUGUGAAAAGCUUUAAAAAGAAAAUUCUAAAUAGUUAAAUAAUAUUCCAUUGUAAAAUUAAUUUGCAAGUAAAAACUAAAUUAAUAAAAAAAUACUAUAAAG